AUGAAGCUCCUUCCGACCUUCAAUGUGCUUCUGAUUGCUGUUCAGAUGAUUGCAGCUGUGCAGCUUGAUCAACUUCAGCAGCCCCGUUUCGUCAAGGUGAGGCGAAACCUUUCGAACGAUGCCGGCAGCAGCGAGACGCAACAUAGUCUGGAGCGACGUUUGGGAAGCGAACUCACCGGCAGGGUCGCGAAAGCAGCUAGCGAAUUCGAAAAAUUAGAGUCGCAAAGUAAGAAGCUUCCCGACUUGUCGCAUCUGGCAAAUUCGCAAGGAAAGAUAAGCGAGCACAACAAUCUCGCUACUCCUUCAAACAAUUGGCCAUAUAUUCACGAAAAUAUGCUUGGGAGUCACAAUUACCAACUAGAACAGCACUCAGAGGCUAUUUCGAACCACAGAAACAAGAUCGAAGAAAGCAUGGCCAGCAUUCUCAAACACGAUGAGAGACUCAAGAGCGUCGAAGAGGCCCUGAAGGAAAAUAAGGAGAAAAUGAAGGGGGAUCGCAGUGGGGGGGCAUCUAAUGGGGUUUUAUGGGCUCUGGCAGCUGGUACAGUUGCCACCGCAGGAACAGGCAUUUACUUCCAGCAUGCUUCAAGCAAGACUAUGGCAGACAUGGCGGACCGAAUCCAGGCGCAGCAGGCGGAGAUCAACAGAAUUAAGGCACUCAAUGGGCAGCAGGGUGGUGCGAUGCAAGGACAAGGUGUUGCAGGUACCACUGGACGAGGCACAUUCGAUGGAGGACUUGUCUGA